AUGUCGCACUGCAGCAACCCACACGGAAGCCCCGUGCUCGUUGGCGUCAUGGGCGGAUCGGGCGUCUACCAACUGCACACCCUGGCCGACGCAAAGUACUACGCCAUCGACACCCCCUUUGGGCGACCGAGCGCCGAGGUCUGCGUGGCGACGGUCGGGGGCGUCGCCUGCGCCUUCCUGCCGCGCCACGGCGUGGGGCACACGCUGAACCCGACGGAAGUGAACUACCGCGCCAACGUGUACGCAAUGAAGCUGCUCGGGGUGCGCUACCUCAUCGCCAUCAACGCCGUUGGCUCGCUUGACAGCGCCUACCAGCCUGGCGAUCUCGUGCUGGUGGACCAAGUCAUCGACCGCACCACGGCACGCAAGUCGACCUUCUUUGAGAACGGCCUCGUCGUCCACUGCGAAUUUGCCUACCCGACGUCGCAGGCCUUUCGCGCCCUCUCCCGUGAAGUCUUGCACCGCACCUUUCCCGGCCUCGCCGAGGGGACGGAGCGGUGGCGGCUGCACGAAAGCGGCACCAUUGUCACGAUGGAGGGGCCGCAGUUCAGCAGCAAGGCAGAGUCCCUCAUGAACAAGCAGCUGGGCGGCCACCUGAUUGGCAUGACGACGGCGCCGGAGGCGAAGCUGGCACGCGAGGCAGAGAUGGCGUACCUCGUCAUUGCCAUGGUGACGGACAUGGAUGCCUGGAGCGACGCCCCGCACGUUGUUGGGUCGCAGGUGCAGGAGACGAUGGCGCGCAAUGUCGAGAAGACGCGGAAGUCGUCCCUGGAGAUCAUCACUGCCGUGGGCGCCGCCCCCUUCACCGACCCCGCGCACAGCGUGCUGCAGAACUCCAUUACCACCUCCCCCUCAGCCAUAACGAAGGAGGUGCGGGAGCGACUCGCGCUGCUCCUGGCAAACUAUCCGCACCUCGCCCCAUGA